AUGACCAUUGUUUGGAGAGAAAGUUCAGUUGUGGAAGAGCUCAGGCUGCCGACCGGUUGGCGAUUCGAUCCAACCGACGUAGAACUGAUCCAGUUCUACCUCUCAAAAAUAGUGGGCUCUGAACCUCUCCCGGCUAAGGCCAUGAAGGAGAUCGAUGCUCUCCACUUCUACCAGCACCAUCCCAAGAAUCUAGUGCAUGGCACGUUGAGGCUACUGGGAGAAUACUUCUUGAUCCAUGGAGAUGAAUAUUUCCAUGGAAAAAUCGACAAGAUGAAACUUGUCGGCCAAGGAAAUGUCGGAUCCUGGAGUUACCUGGGAAAUGAAGAGGAAAUCUUCGAUGAGGAUGGAAAUGUAAUCGCCUACAAGAUCCAUUCUACCUUUUUCUCUCCCAAUUCCAUGAAAACAAAUUGGAGAAUGGAGCUCUACCGUUUGCAUGUGCCCAACAAUCAAGAGGAUUCAGGUAGAGAAGAGUGGGUGGUCGCAAGGAUAAGAGCUCAAGAAGAGAGUUGA